AAACUCUCUCUCUCUCACGCGUUGGUUUCAAAGAUAUACAAAGAAAGAAAGGGCUAUAAAUAGGGAGAGAUAGAAGUGGAACAAAAUAUAUAGUGCAGUUUCAUUUCUUUGGGAUUCCAAAUUUUUCCAAAACUUGAAACCAAGCUAGGAGUGUUGAAAAAUGGGGAGAGGAAAAAUUGAAAUAAAAAGGAUUGAGAAUACAACAAAUAGGCAAGUAACUUUCUGCAAGAGAAGAAAUGGAUUAUUGAAGAAAGCUUAUGAGCUAUCAGUGUUGUGUGAUGCUGAAGUUGCCCUUAUUGUCUUCUCCAGCCGUGGCAGACUUUAUGAAUAUUCAAACAACAACAUAAGGUCAACUAUUGAUAGGUACAAAAAGGCAUGUUCAGAUCAUUCUAGUACCAGCACUACCACUGAAAUUAACGCUCAGUAUUAUCAGCAAGAAUCUGCAAAGCUGCGACAGCAAAUACAGAUGCUGCAAAAUUCUAACAGGCAUUUGAUGGGUGAUGCAUUAAGCACACUGACUGUGAAGGAACUUAAGCAGCUGGAGAAUAGACUUGAAAGAGGAAUCACUAGAAUCAGAUCUAAGAAACAUGAGAUGCUACUUGCUGAAAUUGAAUACUUUCAGAAAAGGGAGAUUGAACUGGAAAAUGAAAAUCUUUGCCUUCGGAGUAAGAUAAAUGAUGUUGAGAGGCUUCCUCAAGUAAACAUGGUUUCUGGACAAGAGCUGAAUGCAAUUCAGGCAUUAGCCUCUCGUAAUUUCUUCAAUCCAAACAUGAUGGAAGAUGGAACUUCCUACCCUCAAUCAGAUAAGAAGAUUCUUCAUCUUGGGUGACUAUCUAUCCAAUUAGCUAAUGGCUAAACGCAUUAAUUAAUUAUUACUACUAUUUCUAUUAAUGCUCAUUAGCCCAAGUGACCAAAUAUGUCCUUAACUUUUUCUUCAAUAUAUAUUAUGCAUUUUUUGUGAGAGUAUAUUAUGUUUUUUUUAUGUAUGUGGUGAUUGUGUGAUAUUUAUUA